CCAUAUUUCGCCUUGAGGGAUGGCGGGACGCCAUCUUUACUCCAGCAGCAAUGGCUCGUGUCUUCAACUUAUAUACUAUAUAUUCAACUUGUAACUUCUAAUACACCACAAGGAUGUAGAACACGAGCGAAUGGAAAUGGAGGACCAAAUGGAAAGCCAGAAGAGACGAGACACGAGCAAAGACAAUUUAAUAUCUGAGCGGACCGGAUCUUUGGGAUGUGCAGGAUGGUUCAUCGUCAUAAUUGUUGGAAUCUUUACCAUUUGCCUUUUCCCGAUCACCAUUUGGUUCUGUUUGAAGAUAGUGCAGGAGUAUGAGCGUGCAGUCAUCUUCAGACUAGGCCGCAUCACAGACAGGAAGGCCAAAGGCCCGGGAAUCUUCUUCAUUUUGCCCUGCACUGAUUCGUUUGUCAAAGUGGAUCUGAGAACAGUUUCAUUUGACAUCCCUCCACAAGAGAUACUGACUAAGGACUCAGUGACAGUGAGCGUGGACGGUGUGGUGUACUUCCGCGUCAACGACCCCAUCGCCUCUGUGGCCAAUGUGUCCAAUGCUGACUUCGCCACCCGUUUGCUAGCUCAGACCACACUCAGGAACGUUUUGGGGACCAAGAACCUGGCUGAGGUCUUAUCUGACCGUGAGGGCAUCGCUCACAGUAUGCAGUCCAGCCUGGAUGAAGCUACAGAUAACUGGGGUAUCAAAGUGGAGCGGGUGGAAAUUAAAGACGUGAAGCUACCCCUUCAGCUGCAAAGAGCCAUGGCUGCUGAGGCAGAGGCUGCACGAGAGGCCAGGGCAAAGGUCAUAGCUGCUGAGGGUGAGAUGAACGCUUCUCGCGCUCUCAAAGAAGCCUCCCUCGUCAUCGCCGAGUCUCCAUCAGCUCUGCAGCUUCGUUACCUGCAGACUCUUAACACCAUCGCAGCUGAGAAGAACUCCACAAUCAUCUUCCCCUUGCCGAUGGACGUCAUAUCACACUUCAUUCGGAAGUGACCGCUGUUUGCAUAACACAUCAUUUCAAUGCCCAUAUACAUUUCAUCUACAAUAUAAAGACAGAUAUUUUACAAAGGAUUAUUGGUUGAUGUAAUCAAAUAAUAAUUAAUCCAUUGCAUGCUUUGACACAUCAAAUGUAUAAACUUGCGCAUUAACUGUUGCAACCAAAGAGGUUUCUCUGGGAAUGUUUGUACCUUGCAAAUUCAUUAAUAAACCUAUACUUAGUAAUGUGAUCAUUCAUGCACAGUUAUCCAUAGUGUAGUACUUAUAUAGUACACUGACCUUAACUGAGGAAAGUGAAGCCUGCAGUUCCUUUGGAUGUUGUUGUGGGGUCUUUUGUGACCUCUUGGAUGAGUCGUCGCUGCUCUCUUGGGGUAAUUUUGGUUGGCUGGCCACUCUUGGGAAAGUUCACCAGUAUUAUGUUUUUUGUCAUUUGUGGAUAAUGGCUCUCAUUGUGGUUUGCUAGAGUCCCAAAACUUUAGAAAUGAAAAGAAAUUUUUUAUGAUUAGUGAAAAACAUGCAAAAAAAGUCAUGAUAAAAAGACAGUCAUGAUACUCAAGUAGACUUUAAUGUUUGUGAUGAAAAUCUACUAUAUAGCCUAACACAAGUGAUAAGUGGAGGAGCAGCACCAUUUCCUAAGGUUGGCCAUUUUCCAUAGCACACAUGUUAGCAUCUUGACAAAGACGUUGAUGUCAUUUAUCAUUGUCAAACGCCUUGGUCUGCCUGCCACACUGCACAACUACAUGUUUGAUCAUCACGAUGCAGGUUCAACAAAGAGAAACAGCAAAGACAUGACAAAACAUGCUUCUAUUACUUUGUCGCUGCACUAUAAGACACAACUUGUGUACAGAGAAUAUAUUUACAUUCAGACAUACAAUAAUACAAUCAGUGCCAGAACAAACACAUUCAUUCCCUCUGGACCAAAUCCAUACAGGGGGGUGGUAAUUAUGUCACAAGAGUCAAUUUAAAAAAUUGAUUUGUAACGGCAUAAUUUACAAUGUCAAUUCCGGUGUUUUGUAGGGAGGAAGUGCUACAUAUUGACAUUAAAUGGCCGCCUGCUACAAGACGAGAGGUCCUUGAUGUUUCAUUAAAUCACAGGAAUGAUAGAAAAUACAGUCAGUACAUUUUUCACAUUCAACGCAGAAUGAAACGCAGAUGUCCACAGGACACAUUGACAUGGUCGUUAUUGUGUUAUUGUCAUUAAUGUACCUGUACUGUUAUGUAUUGUGUUGCAUCAUUGUAAACUGUGUUAUUGUACACCUGAAUUGACCCUGAAGUAAAAGUCUAAACA